AUGACUAGCGCGGUCAUUGAGAACCCUGUCUCAAAUGACUAUUCACGAGAGACUCAUGCACAAGCAACACUGCACUUCCCUGUGGCAUUUUGGGGAUUGUACUUGCCCAUUACUGUUAAUGGACGAGUCAGUGAUAUCUGGCGAUCUUACAUAGUUCAGCGUCUAUUGAGGGAGCUGGAGGCACCAGCCCGUGUUUUGUACAGUCCACCCAUGGUCACUCAGUUUUGUAAUGCUCAUGACUAUGCUGGUGAUUUUGUUGCCGAACAGCAUUUGUAUCUCCGUACAGAAGCAUUGCUGGAAUUUUUGGACAGCUGGAGAUCCAGCACAGAGGGAAGUGCGGGCGAUUCAUUACAAGCACGAAUUGAAGAUCUUUGGAUUGAACUAUACAAAAGGCAGUAUAUUGAAAUGGCAGAUGUAAAAGCAGUCCAAGAAUGGCUCACUGCUCUCCAACAAGGUGGGUACAAAUUUCCAGCCAUCCAAGACAAGGUCAUUAAUCCAAGCACAGGUGGAGUUGAAGACCGCCGAGAGUGUGCACGUAAAAGACUCACCAACUGGGACGAACCAAAGCCUACUAUGAUGGGAGGCUCCAACUUUGGUGCCCUGACAUUUGAUCGCCCCAGUGGAAUGUCCAUUGCCCGGUUGCUGGCAGAAUACGAGGUGGUCAACCCCUUCCCACACAGUGUAGACCUGGUUUGUCGUGCUGGGGCAAAACAUGGUCCGUGGGAACUGGCUGUCAUGGUCAAGAGUCUAGAACUCUACUGGCCCAGGUGUGCAGGUCGUGUUGUCAUCGUUCUUGAUGUUGGCGAUGAAGAGUUUGCUAGACAAAACAUCCCAUCUUGGGUUGAAGUGAUGUAUUCAACAUUUGAGUAUGGCAUGCCAGGCAGACUUGGGAACCAGCUUUUCAACAUGUACACUGAGCAGCAAGGGUCGUCUGAGUAUGUGGCGAUUAUGGACACAGAUACAGCAUUCCAUACCCCCAUCACCCCGGAUAUGUUGUUCAACCUUGAAAAAGAGGGUGCUCCGCCUUACAUCAUGGCAGAGACAACCUACCAGAAGGGGAUGUGGAGCAAGGGUGAUGAGUGGAUGUUUCAUGGUGACUCGGAUGAUUGGAAUUUCAUGAUUAAGCUGCCGACAGUCUGGCCUCGAGCCAUGUUCCCUCAGUAUCGAGCGGAUGUUGAAGCAAUGCAUGGCAACAAGAAGGAGACUACAGCACUCUGGAAGGAUAUGUGGGAGGCGGAUAGAAUUUGGUGGAAGAUGUCCCAAUUUUGUCUGCUAGGGAAUUGGAUGGUGCGUCAUUGGAAAGGUUCUUCUUUUGAUUUAAGGAAUGAAACCGACAUCCCAGCGAUGCGUUAUGGAGUUCACCUUCCAUACUACAGAGGGCUUAACUUUGGCACAAAAAAGGGUUUUGAGAACCCUGAACAAUUCCAGAAAACAGGUCGUGAACAAAUUCUGAGGGGUGUGUGUGAGCUUUUCUGCCAUGAAACACCACGCAAGGACGGGUCACCACCAGCUGCAGGACUUGCAGAUGGAAACCUACCCAAGCUUCGUGAAUGUGGUGCAAAGUGUCCAAACCCAAUCCAACAGCCAAAUGACAUGUACUUCAAAUAUGAGAAAAUUGUGUAUGGAACCCCAGAAAUGUGUCUUGCUAUUUUGGCCAACCAUUUUCAACCAUUCAAAGUGGUGAUGGGUUCUGUCAUUUCCAAUGCAACCACCACCACCACACCACCAACUAACUUUUUGACAUGCAUCCGAUUUUCACAUGCAUGCUUUAUAAUCCUUGGUUUUAAAUGUUAUUGCGGGAUUGUUGUGUCAUUAACCUGUGUGGCUGACUGGUUCCUGGCCUUGUAUGGGAGAAUACAAACAACGAUGCGUACGGAUGCAACAGUUCAAAAUCGUAGGCAAAAGCCCCGUGAUCUGUGGGUACGAUUCGGUAGGUACGUUGUAGGUCCCGAGUUUCAACUAUUACGAGAUAGCACGGUGAUUGUGGCAGGUUGA